AUGCGCCACAAUGAGAAGAAGAGUGGCAACAGUGGCUACGGGCGCGUCCUCUUCGACAUCAGCAAGGUCAUCUGCAAGUACUGGCGUGAGCUUUGUGAAUGGGUGCAGACAAAUGAGGGCCACCCGGCGGGGUCGUCCAGUGCCUCGAAGAAACCAGAACCGAGAGUGGAAUUUUGGUCGGAGGGAGAGGACACGGACUAUGAAUCCCCGUCGGGUGGUGGCUGGCCCUGGCAAUCAAAGUCGCAGGAGGAGUCCACAACGGCCGAUGAUGCCCCACGCCGGUGGAAGCAAAACAAGGCUGACCGCACCCCCGUGUUUGGGACUGGGACUCCUCAAGAUGGCGCAGAUGCGGUGCCUGAAACGGUGCCUGAAACGGUGCCUGCCACGGCGCCUGCCACGGUGCCUGCCGAGGUGCCUGCCGAGGUGCCUGCCGAGGUGCCCUUGGUGUUUCCUGCCGAGGUGCCUGCCGAGGUGCCCUUGGUGUUUCCUGGGCAGUCAGAGCCGGUGUCUGCGUGGGAUGACACUAUGCCUGCCCGGUCGGAGCCGGUGUCUGCGUGGGAUGACACUAUGCCUGCCCGGUCGGAGCCGGUGUCUGCGUGGGAUGACACUAUGCCUGCCCAGUCACAGCCGGUUUCUGCGUGGGAUGACACGGUGCCUGCGCAGUCGGAGCCGGUCUCUGCGUGGGAUGCGCGUUGGGACCAGUGGUACACAGAGGAGAAGCAGAAGGAGGCCGAGGAGGAGGCCAGACAAAAGGCGGCAGAGGAGGAGGUUCAAAAGGCCGCAGAGGAGGAGGCCACACGAAAGGCCGCAGAGGAGGAGGCCAGGCAGAAGGCCGCAGAGGAGAAGGCCAGGCAGAGGGCGGCAGAGGAGGAGGCCAGACGAAAGGCCGCAGAGGAGGAGGCCACGCGGAGGGCGGCAGAGGAGGCCAGACGAAACGAGGGGUGCUUCACAGGGCCCAUUGAUGAAUGCUUUGGUGCAGAUAAGGACCCGGAGGAGGCCAGACGACGGGCCGCAGAGGAGGAGGCCAUGCAGAGUGCCGCGGAUACGGCGAGGCACAGCGCCGCGGAGGAGGACAGGCAGAGGGCGGAGGAGGCCUGGCAGUCCUGGUCUGGCUGGUCACCAGCCUGGUCUGAGCGUGCCUGGGGCUGGGAAUGGGAUGGCUGGCGUGGCCGUGACUGGAACUGGCAUGGGCAUUCUGAUGGGUGGGGCCGGCAGUGGAACCAGCAUGGGCAGCGUGCCACUGAAUGGGAAUGGCCGCAGCCUGUGCCGCAGCAGCCUGAUGUGCCUGAUGUGCCUGAUGUGCCUGACAGCACUGUGCCUGACAGCACUGUGCCUGACACAGCAGAUCCUGUGGCUAAGCCACCCAGCAUUUGGGACACUUGGUGA